AUGUUUAUAUUAUUCGUCUUCAAAUCGUUCAAAAUCCCGACAUAUGUUCACUACGUGCUCUCAUUCUUCUGCCUGAUUCGAAUCGCUGCAUUCACCCUGCGAAUCGUACUAACAGCGUCAGAGUCAGCGGGGGAGAACAUCGGCAUCCUCAUCGCAGACGAAGUGCUAUUCGGAGUUGGUUUCUUCGGUCUCCUCUACUCAGCAUAUACCCUCGUCCUCAAUCUGGAGUCGUUAUCGGAUCGACCACCUACAACGAAUCCAAUCAUCCGCCUCACGCAAAAUAGACGCAUGUUCAGGCUGGCCCUCCUCGUAGCAGUUGUCAUCGGAGUGGUCGCAGCAUCCGGUUCGAACGGGGGCUUAAAUGAUAACACAUCGAGCGCCUUGCGUAAAACCAGCACGUCUAUCUUCCUCGUCCUUACCGUCCUGCAAGCUUUCCAGACCAUAUACCUCGCCCAAACGAGGAUCUCAGAGCCUGAACGGUUCAAACGGAUGCAGAAAUCAUUUGGCACCCGGCACGGAAUCUUUAUUCUUGUCCUGAUCUCGCUCUUGCUCCUCAUCCGCGAGGUGUUCGCCGCCGCUACGGUCGACGACCACGUCAAGCAGAACAACGAACAUUUUUGGUACCCCUUGCUUGCAUUACCGGAGAUACUGGCUGUGGUACUGUAUGCUAUCCCCGGUUUGGUGCCGAGUAAGGAGGAGCUGAGGGCGAAGGAGAGGGAGGAGUUAAACGGGUAUGGGGAUAUGAAGAUGGUAGCUGUUCAGCCUUGA